UUGGAAAAAAAUGUUCAGGACACAUUUCUCUAUCUGCUCUGAGAAUUUAAGAAACAUUUAUUAAAGUUCAUUGAGCAACUUAGUUCGUCCCUAUCGUGCACUGUCUCAUAGAAGUUUUUCUUAGUCUAAUCUGUCUUUUAGACAGGUGAUUUUUGGGUAGAAUAUAAGUUAUCAAAUGAAAAUGAAAAAAAAUUUCGUCAGCUUAUCUCUCAUAUUAGUUUCUAUGGAAAUGGUUAUACCGAACCAAAAAAUGUCAAUAUUAAUGAAAUUGUUGGAAUUUAUUUUGAAUCACGUUGGCGACGUGGUCUUGUUUUAUCACCAAGUGAUUGUACAUCGUCUAUUGCAUUACAUCUAGUUGAUUAUGGCCGUGUUAUUCAUGUGCCAUUAUCUGAAAUUCGUUGGUUGCCAGUUGAGUUUAUGAAAUUUCCAUAUAAAGCUGUACAAUGUUAUUUCAGUGAAGCACUACGUUACAAUUAUUCUGAUACAAUGCGUGAAAAUUUUCAAAAAUUACUCAAAUAUCGAACUGUUCGCGCACAAGUUUAUGAAAAAGACGGAAAUAAACUUGGCGUGGUAUUAACGUGUCGUGUCAAAGACGGUAUAUUGAAUAUUUAUCGUUAUUUAAAUGCGAUUGAAAAAAGAGUGUCAAAAUCAUUGUCCAAUGUCGAUAUAGCGAGUUUAUUUAGUUGUGAUUUAACUAAAAAUGAGAAUAUCACUAUGAAUGUGCGGAAUCGAUCAGGUAUGACAAAACGAUAUCCAGAAAAUUUUUGUACUCCGCUUCCACCACCCGUUUUAAUAUCAAAAACGUUGCCGAAUUCAUUUACUAAAACAAAUAACCAAAAAACUGAAAAUAAUACGAAAAAUAUAAUUAAUGUAGACAGUAGUGAUUCAAGUGAAACACAAAAACAACAAGGAUUUUGUUGCGUACCAAGAUCUUCUCAAGCUUACAAGAGUCGAUCCUCUCAAGAUAAGAGAAGAUUAUCACUUGAACCAAAAAACUGA